AGCUGGCCGGUUGUCCCAUCUACUACUACUCCUACUAACAAAUUCUGCUCAUUAUGCUUCGCAGAAUCUCAGCCUUCAUUUUCUCAUUGUUCUAUUUCUCCACACAUGGAGGAGGACCACCACCACCUCACCCGCCCCCUCCUACUCCCCACCACCGCGGCCGUUACAUCUGCCACCGCAGCAACCGACAUCACAAACACCUCCAACACCUUUGUAGGUGUUCGUAAUUAUUCCAACGAGAAUGGUCACGAUAACAGUACCAAACUCGUCUCAUCCAAUUCCACAAUCCUCCUCCGCCUAUUUUCCGUCGCCGUGGUCGGGAUCCUCUCCGUGUGGGCAAACCAAGAAGCCUCCAGAGGCUUCGAGAUCCACAUUGAAAACCGCGCCCCAACUGACUCCGUCGCCAGCCGCCGGUUUCAACUCAUGUACGUCUCAAACGACAGAGCCACCCGGUUAGUCCUUGGCACUAGCAAAUUUGUUGAAACAAUUCUUUACCCCAUUAGCCUGCCCAAUAAGAAGGAAGUCAGCCAAGUCACCCUCCGGCUCGCCAACCGGAAUCUGACCCACACGGUCACGGUUGAUUCCUUCAAAGAACAUGAGUUUGUGAUUAACCUAAGCCCCUCACUUUUGGAGUUAGAGACCGAUUUUGACCAUGCCAUGUUAAGGGCAGUCCAACAGGGCAUGGCGCGGGUGUGGCUUCAUGACAAUAAUGCCCCUAAAUCUCUGCUAAAUGGCAUGGUUGAGUAUAUAAGUAGACUAGCUGGGCUGGGUGCGGUGGUGGGGGUGUUUUCCGGCGACGGCGAUUUGGCGGAAUCUGGCGACUGUUGCUGGAUGGAUGAGGACCCUGUGGCCGUGGCACAUUUCUUGAGUUAUUGUGAGGAUAAGAGAAGAGGGUUCAUCCAACGGCUGAAUCUAGCUAUGAAAGGUCGUUGGAAUGAUCGGACGGUGGAUGAUGCGCUAGGAAUGCCAGUUCAGCAUCUAUGUGGGUCGUACGUGUCUCAAAAGCAUCUCCCCGUAGAUUAAUUGGAAUCUAAUGUAUUCUCAGGUUUAUUAUUUUUUACCUCAUCCUUGUAAACUUAAUUAUUUUCUUAAUUUUGUUCAUUUUCUUUGAACUUUUGUUAGAUUUGAGUGAUUUUUAUUUUAUUAAUCAUCCGCUUUGAU